UCACACACACAAGGAGGGCAGAAGACAUCUCACCCGUUGAAGCCAGAUUGAUUUGUCAUGCCAAACCCUGUCAAACACUGCUGGUGGAUGCUUAUCAUGAUUCAUCAGACCAUAGGCGGUGUCCGCACCAACCGUAUGGAGGACUCCAACCUGAGAAUGAUGGAGGCAGCCCUUCUGUCCAAUUUAGGUAAGGAUGCCCUGUCCAGACUGGAUCCCAUUCAUCUUGGCAUAGAGUCAGUGGAAGAACAGAUGAUGGAUGAACCUGGAUCUUAUGAUGAAUUUCCACAGUAUGCUGGCCAGGCUGUGCAGCUCCAGAGCAGGUCCACCAAGGCUCCCCGUCGCUGCAUCCCUCACCAGCAGUCCUGCCUCGGGCACCAGUUCCCCUGCUGUGAUGCCUGCGACACCUGCUACUGCCGCUUCUUCAAGGCGUACUGCUACUGCCGCAGCAUGGACCCCACAUGUACACAUGGGCGCCCGUAGCAGAACUGUGUGGGUGGGACUGCAGACACAUGCACACAAACUCAGAGAUAGAGAGAGGUAUCGUUUUCAAAAUGUCUAUAUGAUUUUUAUUGUUAUGAUUAAUUAGUAUAUGAUACCUUAUGGUUAUGGUCACUUCUAGAUUUUAGAAGAUACAAUUGUUUGAAAUUCAUGUCUUUCUUGUCAAAUAAAACUGAGCAAACUAGUUUUCGGUUAAUUAAUUUAUAGUCAUUUGGGUUUUUUUGGAAAAAUUAUUUUGCUUUAUUCCGGUGUGUGUAAAUACUUGUUCUACCUUUACAGAGAAGGUCUUUUUCACUGAUAUGUAUCAUCUGUCAUGUGCCAGUAAUACUGAUGCUCACAGACUUUAUCUCUUAGUAUCAACCAGGGUAUCUCCGUCCAUUAACAACUAGAGAGUUAAACUAUGUCUUGUAUGGUGUUAUAUGGUGUAUGGUAUGUUCCUGAGCACCAUGGGCCCUUAUGGAAAUUUGAAAGUAAUUCUGCCUGUCUUUGGCAUAAUACAAACUGAGGUAUUACAUAUAGAAACAUCUCUUGUUCAAGUGUCAGUACAAAUAUUGGCAAAAGUUCCAAAGGUCACCCUGUUGGCAAACCAACCUGCUAACUGCAGUUUCUUCAAGCCAUACUGCUACUGCCGUAGCAUGCACACACAGAUGCAGAGCAUAGCCAGGUGGGUGGAACUUGGUGUCCAGAUGAUUUUUUUUGGUAUGAUUAAUUAAUAAAUGGUUUAUUGUGGUUUAUGUUGUCACUUUUAGUUUUGAGAUAUUUGGUUGUUUGAAAUUAUGUCAAAUAAACCUGAGCAAACUGGU